AUGGGCCGCGUCCUCGCCGACCAGGCCCCCACCGGCGGCCCGUGCGUCUCCUUCGCCUGCGGCUCGUGGCUCGACGCGUCGUACUCGCUCAAGCCGGCGUACCGCGACGCCAUCGUCGGCACGUACAAGGGCGCCGCCUCCACCGUCGACUUCAAGAAUCACCCGGUGGAAGCAAGGAAGGAGAUCAACGCGUGGGUGGCGAGGGCGACGAAGAACCUGAUCACGGAGGUGAUCAAGCCGGAGAGCCAGAGCGUGGACACGAGGCACGUCGUCGGCAACGCCAUCUACUUCAAGGGCGAGUGGCUCGCCCCGUUCGACAAGUCCGACACGGCGGAGCGCGAGUUCCGCCGCCUCGACGGGAGCUCCGUCGAGGUCCCCUUCAUGCAGCGGCCGUCGGGGAGCUACCACCACGUCGCCUGCCACGACGGCUUCAGGGUGCUCCGCCUGCCGUACAAGGCGACGAGCGACACCUACAACCUCAAGCUCCGCUACAGCCUCCCGUCGUUCGCCAUGCUCGUCUUCCUCCCCGACGACCGCGACGGCCUCCCGGGCCUCCUCGACAGGAUCACCGCCUCGCCGGAGUUCGUCGACGAGCACCUCCCGCCGGGGUGCGUCCCCGUGGGCAGGUUCCGGGUGCCCAAGUUCAAGCUCGCCUUCUGCCACUACGGCAUCGCCGACGUCCUCCGCGGCCUCGGGCUCCGCCUGCCGUUCGACAUGUUCGCCGCGGAGAUGAGCGGCAUCGCGGUGGAGGGCGACGGCGAGGACGCGGCGAUGUUCGUGAGCAGCGUGAUCCACAAGGUGGUGGUGGAGGUGAACGAGGAGGGGAGCGAGGCGGCGGCGUACACGGAGGAGUCCGACGACGACCUCGGGUGCUCGCUGUACGACGACGACUACACGCCGCCGCCGAAGCUGGUGGACUUCGUCGCCGACCAUCCGUUCGCCUUCUUCAUCGUGGAGGAGAGGUCGCAAGCCAUCGUCUUCGCAGGGCAUGUGCUCGAUCCUUCCGAGGAAGAGUAGGCUUCUGGGCAAUCCUGACCCCGAUGGUUGCCGCGUGGACAAUCUCAGAAUCGGACGUCUAGCUCGUUGCGGCUUCAAGCACAACGCAAAUAUGGCAGAUGAGCCUCGCUCGACUCGGCUCCCGGGCCGUUGGCUUGCAGGCUCAGAUCCCUCUCCUACCGGUUCCUCCGCAGCCGCUGCCAGCGGCGGCAAGCGGCGCCUUUCUCAUCUACAGUCUCUCGUCCGUCACCACUCCCUUUCUCGAACGUCGUCCACUCGGCCGGAAAACCGUAUGAUAUGUUAAUUUGUUCAACUGAACUUGACACUGAUCUUUUACUGAAAUAUAUGCACUGAC